AUCGUGACCAUCUCCUUUUUUUAUUUCCCGUCUCCUGCCUCCAUCGCUCGACUCGAUCGAAGGCGGGCGCUCUGGUCGGUCGGCUUUGCGAAACCCUAGAUCCCCCAUUUCGGGGCCUGAUCUGCGGCCCUUAAUCGCCUCGUGGUCCCUCUUAAUGCGUGGUUCUUCCAAUCCUCAGGCGAUGGGCGCCGGUCGAGUCGCAUUUGGCACGACUUCAGCGGAAAUUCACUCCGAUAGGGUUUUUGGCCUCGUCGGGGUCUGAAAGUUCGGUGGUUGUCCUUCGGGCUUCAUCUUCAUCGCGGGUCUCGGCAGCUGCUAUAUAGAAGUAGAGAUACACGUAUAUAUCUCCCAUUUCCUGAGGUUUUUGGAGUUGGUUUGGGUUUGGGGUUGGGGCUAAGGUUGGGUUCUCGAUCGAGGAGACGUCGCUUGGCUGGGGGACCGUGAUGGAGCCUCGCGUGGGAAACAAGUAUCGUCUUGGACGAAAGAUCGGAAGCGGCUCGUUCGGAGAGAUCUAUUUAGGGACGAAUAUCCAGACCAAUGAAGAAGUCGCCAUCAAGCUUGAAAAUGUUAAGACAAAGCAUCCUCAACUGCUAUAUGAGUCAAAAUUGUACAGGAUACUUCAGGGAGGAACUGGAAUCCCAAAUGUUAGAUGGUAUGGAGUUGAGGGCGACUAUAAUGUCCUCGUGAUGGACCUACUGGGACCAAGCCUUGAAGAUCUUUUCAACUUUUGUAGCAGAAAGCUUUCAUUGAAGACUGUUUUGAUGCUUGCUGAUCAAAUGAUCAACAGGAUUGAAUUUGUCCAUGCCAAGAGUUUCCUUCACCGUGAUAUAAAGCCUGACAAUUUUCUUAUGGGGUUGGGAAGGCGUGCCAAUCAGGUAUACAUUAUUGAUUUUGGCCUUGCGAAGAAGUAUAGAGAUCCUACAACACACCAACAUAUCCCUUACAGAGAGAAUAAGAACUUGACUGGGACAGCAAGAUAUGCAAGCAUGAAUACCCAUCUUGGAAUUGAACAAAGUAGAAGGGAUGAUCUUGAAUCUCUGGGAUAUGUCCUCAUGUAUUUCUUGAGGGGGAGUCUUCCAUGGCAAGGUCUUAAAGCAGGAACUAAGAAGCAAAAAUAUGAGAAAAUCAGCGAGAAAAAAGUUUCUACAUCUAUUGAGUCUCUGUGCAGAUGCUAUCCUACAGAAUUUGCUUCCUAUUUUCAUUAUUGCCGCUCACUGCGAUUUGAUGACAAGCCAGAUUAUUCUUAUCUCAAAAGAAUAUUCCGUGAUCUAUUUAUCCGUGAAGGUUUUCAGUUUGACUAUGUUUUUGACUGGACGAUUCUCAAGUAUCAGCAAUCGCAGAUUGCCAGUGCUCCUCCUCGUGCUGUCGGCCCAGGUGCAGGGACAAGCUCUGGAGUGACUCCUGGUGCAAUUAAUGCUGAUAAGCAAUCUGGUGGUGAAGAGGGAAGAACAGCAGGUUGGUCUGGGCUUGACCCUUCUCGUCGCCGAGUGUCAGGACUUGCCGUGAACUCUGGUAGCUUACUGAAACAGAAGAAUCCUGUUUCAAGUGAUGCCGUGGUGACUAAAGAUAUGUUGGCCACUUCUGCCUACAUAGGCAGGUCAGGAGGCUCCUCAAGACGUGCUGCUAUCUCAAGUACUCGAGAGGCACUCUUAAGCAGUGAUGUAGAUUCUUCUCGUCCUAGAGCCACAGAUGCAAGUCCAGGUGCUUUCCGUAAGGUAGUGAGUGGGCAGAGAAGCUCUCCUGUUGGUUCGUCUGAACAGAGGCGUUCAUCAUCAGGCAGAAAUCCAUCUAACAUCAAGAACUAUGAGUCAACUCUCAAAGGCAUUGAAUGUCUGAAUUUCGAUACGGAGGACAGGAUCUUCUAGCAUCCAUUUCUCAUCAGCACUUUCAGCUCUCUGCAGAAGCAAAUUGUAAAUCUUACUGGUGUACUAUACCCACAGAGUGGUAUUUUUUUUCUCUCUUAAUUUCUUUAAUUUCUUCUCAUUCUGAGUGGGUUAUGAUGAGGGGGUGGCUUGAAGAUAAACACAGGAUUAAUUAAUUCGGCUCUCUAGGCUGGUAUGCAAUAAAGAUGUAAAACGGAAAGAGGUCUGGUGAGCCAAUCAAGGAUAGCUUGUGCAUGUAUACUGUUGUUACUAGUCAUAAUUUCUACUGCUUCUAGUCUA